AUGCUGUGCGCAAUCAGCGGUGAAGCUCCGCAAGAGCCCGUCGCAUCGAAGAAGUCCGGCAAUGUGUUUGAGAGGCGGUUGAUAGAGACUUACAUCUCUGAGCACGGCACCGACCCUGUCAACGGCGAAGAGCUCUCUACCGACGACCUGAUCGACCUCAAGCAAGCGCGUGUUGUCAAGCCGCGACCACCGACUCUCACUUCGAUUCCUGCUCUCCUUUCCACCUUCCAGAACGAAUGGGAUGCGCUCAUCCUGGAGACCUACCAGCUCAAGCAACAGCUUGCAGAGACGAGACAGGAGCUGAGCACUGCACUGUACUACAAUGACUCGGCGCAGAGGGUGAUUGCACGCUUGCAAAAGGAGAGGGACGAGGCUCGUGAUGCUCUUUCGCGAGUUUCAGUCAGCGGAGGCGCCAACGGCGUGAAUGGAACAAAUGGAGAUGCCAUGGAUGUGGAUGGCCAGCCUCUGUCGGACGACGUUGUCGCGAAGAUCACAGAGACACAAGAGCGACUCUCCAGCACCCGUCGCAAGCGACCUGUGCCAGAGGAUUGGGCCACUGCGGACGAGAUUCAGACUUUCGACGUCAAAUCAUCUGUCGACAGCCAGUUCACCGGAGCGAAGACCCUGGCAGCAGAUCAGACUGGCGACUUCUUCCUGUGCGGUGACUCUGAUGGCACUAUCGGUAUCUACGAUCUCCAACAAGGCGCCUUUACUACGAGAAGCAACCUCGGCGCUGGGGCGAUUCUGGGUGGUACUUGGUGCAACGACAAGCAGGCAGUGUCUACAUCCACUGGUGUUGUUGCUGUUGCCCAGGAGGGUGCAGUGCAAGCCAAAUUCCAACAGCAUGCCGGAGCUGCGACUGCUGUGGCUUCUCAUCCCAGCGGCGAGGUGCUUGUGUCGGUUGGCUACGACAAGAGCUAUGUUGUUUACGAUCUCGCGUCCUCCAAGGUUGCGACGCAAGUGUUUGGUGAUAUCGAAUUGACGACCGUCGCCUUCCACCCCGACGGCCACCUUUUUGCAAUCGGCGGCGCAGAUGGUUCGGUCCGGCUCUACGAUAUCCGAACCUCGCAACUGGCACACACAUUCCCUGCUCCCGCAGCAACGACUCCGAUCGUGGCGCUCACAUUCUCCGAGAAUGGAACCUGGUUGGCAUCGGCAAAUCAAGGGCAGAACAUGCUCACGGUGUGGGAUCUUCGGAAAUUGAACGCACUCAAGACCAUCGACAUCGGAACGUCUGUAUCUGGCAUCUCCUGGGACUAUACUGGACAGUUCCUGGCAGCUUGCGGACCUGGAGCUGUUGUUGUGAAUCAGUAUUCAAAGAGCUCCAAGUCGUGGUCCGAACCACUCCGCAAGGCGCUCAACGCGGCAGACGUAAAGUGGGGUGCAAAGGGGAAGGCUUUGGUUGCGCUCACGGGUGAGGGCGCUGUUAGUGUUCUGAGCUCGUAG